GGUUGCAGUUUUUAUCAGGUGCGCAAAAGACGCGCUCUUCAGCAGACGUGACAAUUCUUUCAGAUAAAUGUUCAGAAAUGUCUUUCUAAAUCUAAAUUUCAAUGAACUUUAUAAUAUGGAGGCACUUAAAAACCGUUUAUAAUUUAAAUUUCAGUAUCACGUAUUUAGGCAUUAGUAUCAAAUGUUGUCUUGGAACGAUUGUAGUGACGAUUACCACUCACUGAAAAUUCUAAACAGAACUUAAAAAAUGAAAUUACUUUCUGUUGGUAAACUAGUUAAUAAUUUUCCGGUGAGAUAACCAUGAAUCUGUUCUUGAGGCUGUUAUGGGUUCAGAAGUUGAAGUCGUCAAAAUAAAAAGCUAAAACAAUCUCUAAAGAUCUUAGAGAAUAAUAUCAAAACUCUAUUUCAAAUUGGUUAUUUCUGAUGCCGAUGUUGGGACCCAACGAUCUUCAGUCACUCUGCUUAAGGGGAAGACCUGUUACAGCAGACGACUUUUCUCCAAAUCAAAUGACUGCAAUGCAAAGAUACCGUAUAUUGGGUAAGAAAGGCGAAGGUAGUUUCGCCGAAGUCAUGGCCUGCCAGAAUAUGUCAGAUGGACAACUAUAUGCGUGUAAGACCCUCAAGAGACAUUUUGUAAGUGUGGAUCAAGCUUUAGGAUUGACGGAAAUCCGGGCUCUUCGUCGGCUUCGUCCUCACGUCAAUGUGGUACAACUCCACGAUAUAAUCUU